AUGGAGAGCAUAGGAAACGGGAACAGUGGGGCAGGAAAGCCAGGCCACCCCGGCGACCCGACGCCAGGGCAGCAGGGGCAGGGACAGACAGCAGCGCAGACACAGGCGCAGACGGCGACACAGACGCCGAGAGACGUCCGGCUCCUACGGUUGAUCUUUGCAACGCAGGGUGUGACCGCAUACGAGGACCAGGUGCCUCUGCAGCUUAUGGACUUUGCGUUCCGCUACACGAGCGAGGUGUUGCAAGACGCCAUGGUAUACAACGACUACGCUCAUCCGACACACGGCGACGGCAGCGGGCCGAACAACCAGAUGCUCACGAACGAGGACAUCCGCUUGGCGAUUUCGGCACGGACGAGCUACCAGUUCAAGCCGAUCCCGCCGAAGAAGAUGCUCAUGGAGCUCGCUGCCGAGCGGAACGAGAAGCCGUUACCGGCGGUGAUGCCGAUGUGGGGGCUGCGUCUCCCGCCAGAGAAGUACUGUCUCACCGCCAAGGAUUGGAGCGAGGAGCACGACACUGCGCCGGCAGAGAAGCGCCGUAAGACGACGGCGAUCCUAUCCCAGAUCAACGACUUGGGCCCACCCGACCUUGUCAACUUGACUAAGACCGUUGGCGUGCCAACGUCGUCCAAUGCGUCGUCGCUUCCCUCCAUCGGCACGUACUUAUACUACACUGGAGCAGAUACAUCUAACGUCGCCACGAUUGCCGCCCUGUUGAACUCGUUGGCGACCAUAAUAGGCCAGGAGCUGCAGCUGUGGUUCGGCAAGCCUAAGCCGUUUCACGUCUCGCAUGCGACAUACUCCACAUACAAUGCCUUCAGGAAACUUGAUUUGCGUGUCAGCGUCGCUUUCCCUGGGUCUGUUUCCUGGGAGGUGUUGGAUGCCUGGGGGAACCAUGCUUCGUCCGAAAUCGUCCCGCCAGAGGAAGUCGAUGUGAUGUGGGAGGAGUGCUUUGUUUCUGCAAUUGUGCGUUCAUUAAUCACGUCAGACGACGACGGCGAUUUCAGCUCCAUUGUCGAGAUCAGGAGAAUCAACCCUUUCCUUGACCCUAAAGUCAGCGUCUCCACCUUCUUGACAGGCUUUGAGCAUUUGUACCCUGACGGUGAGAAGUUGGGCUGCAACGAAGACAUUCAAGUCCCUACUAGACUGAACAACUAUCUUGUCGACUCAUUCAUCAAGUGUGUGGAGCUUACCGGCUGUUUUGACGAGGCAAUGACGGUGCUCCAGAGAUUGUACGAAAAGUACCCGGAGGUUGCAGCGGUCAUCGCCAAGGUCCUCUUUAUAUCUAACCACGAGCUGGAAGCAGUUAAGUUUAUCCACGACAAGCUCUCGCACCCCACAUCUGUGGCCGAGAUUCCAGGCGCCUCCCAGCUGCUAUUGUUGCAAUCCGAGUACUGUCUCGAAAAAUCUCGUGCAGACUUGGCGUUACCAUUGGCCGUCCGUGCCGUCGAAUCGAGCCCAUCGAUGUUUGCGCCUUGGGCCCAUUUGGUAAAAAUCUACAUUUCUCUCAACAAGUUUGAGGACGCUCUAUUGACCCUCAAUGCCUGCCCAAUGGUCACACACAAGGACAAAUACAUUCUGAAAAGAAUUGCUUCCGAUGCUUCUUCUGCUUCCUCGGCGUCUACCUCUCAACCAACAUCUUCUGCACCUCUUGCCUCCGAUAUGCAUCUACCUCUACCGCAGGAUGUCUUCUUGCGUGGCGUCACUGAUUUAAACUCCCUGGACGUCGCCGCAGAGCAUUCAAAGCUGACGAAACCUGGCGGCCCCAACAAUCGUCGCUCUUCUGAAGUCAACUCCAUAGUCACCCCUCAGAGCUUGCUGACUCUACCUGCAGGUAGCUUGAAAUCCACUUUCCGUAGAGCAUAUUCCUUAUUGGCCGAUAUUGUUCAUAGACUAGGAUGGGAAGGAAUGUUGAACAUCAGGUCCAAGGUCUUUGUCAUGGAGGAAGAGUGGCGUCGUGAUCCAAAGGUAGCCUCAUCUGCCGAAUCCAGCAACCCAGGCGAAAGCAAAACGUCUGCCGAUUUGCCAACCAACGGUUCCGGCGAGACCACAGACGAGUUUCGCAAGAAGAGAUUAUGCGAAAGAUGGUUGGACAACCUUUUCAUGUUAUUAUAUGAAGAUAUGAAGGCCUAUACCUAUUUUGAUCCAUAUACAGAAUCUCGCUCGUGUCUCGAGUGGGAAUUGCUUGGCUUGGUGAGCGAGAGACUUGGACAUGUGAGAGAUGCACAGAGAUGCUACGAGCGUGCGCUAGCUAGAAGAUUCAGCGUCCGUGCCGCAAAGAAGUUAGUCAACACCUCCACUAUCAUCAACAACCACGUCGUGCAUAUUCGUGACCCUAUGAGGUACGACGUUGCCUUGCUCAGACUCACCGUCGGCCUUCUAGUAUGGGACUAUAGAUGGUACACCCUCUUUUCGCCAUUGCUACUCAACACCUUGUCUAGCGUCGUCAACGACAUGGGUGUUACCAAAGUCGAAAGCGAAGUCCGCGUGACAAUUGGAAAUGCACACGAUGAUCUAAUUCAUGAUGCAGUGCUAGAUUAUUAUGGAAAACGCCUAGCUACAUGCUCAUCCGACAAGACAAUCAAGAUCUUUGCCAUUGAAAACGAUCAACACAAGCUUGUGGAAACAUUGCACGGCCACGAAGGGCCUGUGUGGCAAGUCAGCUGGGCGCACCCUAAGUUCGGGAUCAUUUUGGCGUCAUGCUCCUAUGAUGGUCGUGUGCUUGUCUGGAAGGAAGAGAACGGCGUUUGGUCGACAAUCACUGAACAUAGAGUCCAUAGCGCAUCUGUCAACUCCAUAUCUUGGGCUCCUUCGGAAUACGGCGCCUUGCUACUUUGUACAUCCAGUGAUGGACGUGCCUCUGUGAUUGAAUUUUUGGCAGAUGGCAACACAAAGCACUUUGUUUUUGAGGCUCACUCAAUCGGUGCCAAUGCAGGUACUUGGGCUCCAUGUAUUGGUGACGGUAAAAAAAUGGAAGAUAGAAGAAUUGUUACCGGAGGCUGUGAUAACUUGGUUAAGAUCUGGAAGUUCAACACAGAAGCCAAUAACGUUAUCUUAGAGGAUGUCCUACAAGGCCAUACCGAUUGGGUGCGUGACGUUGCCUGGUCUCCUUCCAAUCUUGGAAAAUCAUAUGUUGCGAGUGCAAGUCAAGAUAGAACAGUUCUGAUAUGGACCAAGGAAACUUCUCCGGAUGGAACGCCAUCGUCCCCAUGGAAAAAAACCUAUCUUACAAAGGACAAAUUCCCAGAUGUUUGCUGGAGGGCUUCAUGGUCUUUGAGUGGAAAUAUUUUAGCAAUCAGCGGUAACGAUAAAGUUACUUUAUGGAAGGAAACUCUGGAAGGCGAUUGGGAAUCUGCUGGUGAAGUCGACCAGUAA